ACUAAUAAAAUUCUAUAUUAUGUUCCUCUGCCAUCCAUCUCAAAUCAUUCCCUUACCUGUCUCUACCUCUACAAUGGCCUUGUCACAAUUCUUGUUCUUCUCUUUCCUUUUCAUCUUCUUCAACCUUUCACUUCCAAAUGAAAUUGAUGUCCAUGAUCUCCUUCCUACUUUCAAACUUCCAAAAGGUCUUCUCCCAAACAAUGUUGAAUCCUACACUAUUUCCCCUAAAGACAGCUCUUUUACUGUCCAACUUACACAUCCAUGUUAUGUGGAGUUUCCAAAUCAACUUGUUUACUACCAAAAAGAUAUCAAAGGGAAAUUGAGUUAUGGGGAAGUCUCUGAUAUCUCUGGGAUACAAGCUAAAAAAUUGUUUGUUUGGGUGCCUGUAACUGGGAUUGAUGUUGAUGAGCAGUUUCAUAUGAUUGAGUUUCAUGUUGGGUUUUUGUCUGAAAAGUUGCCCGCUGAGGUAUUUGAGAAUAUUCCCACUUGUAAGAAUAUGGGGUCUCAAGAUUCUCCCUUUGCUUCAAUCUGAUGAGGUCAAAGUUGUAAUCUUUAUAAUGUCUAAAUCCAAUAAUAAUUGUACUUGGGUUCAUUGAUGUUGGUUUAUAUUUUGGUUUUGCACUUUUUCUUAUCCAGUAGUUUGAGUGAAUGGUGUUGUGACAAUGAGGUCAAAUUUCUAAUCUUUGUAAUGUCUAAAUUCAAUAAUACUUGUAGUUUGGGUUCA